AUGACAUCACUUCCACCCAGACCGAAACCUUGGGAAACAGCUUCUUCACCUGCAAUCCCUUCCUCCGAAGCGGGACCAUCGAAACCUUCAACAACAACAACCACUUCGUCUGCUUUCGAUACUGCUUUACAAGCAUCGAGCAGUAGUAACGCGCCGAGGAUACCUGAUAGACCUGCUGAUCUAGCUGCGAACAAUUACGCAACUCAAACAUACCCGAAUCAGUCUCGCUAUACUGGCUCGUACGGCAUGUCGCCUUAUAGCGGUAUCGGAGGAAUGGGCGGAGUAGGUGGAUAUGGUGGAGGAUAUGGAGGCUACGGAGGAGGGUAUGGGGGGAUGAGCAGGUUUGGCGGUGGAUAUGGAGGAAUGGGUGGUUACGGAAUGGGUGGUUAUGGUGUUGGUGGAAUGGGAGGUCCGGGAGAAGGAUAUCCUACCCUCACCUCCUCUCUACAAGCAUCUACCGCACCCGCUUUUGCUGUUCUCGAAUCAUUGGUAACAGCGUUCACUUCACUGGCACAAUUGAUCGAGUCUACUUAUAUGGCAACACAUUCGUCUUUCUUCGCAAUGGUAGGAGUUGCCGAUCAACUCGGAUCUCUGAAGACCUAUCUGGGUCAAGUUUUAGGCGUGUUCUCGAUACUGAGAUUAGGUAAAAAAAUAAUCGCUUGGUUGAAAGGCAAAAAAAUCAAGACGUCUUCUGGAGGAUGGGCAAAUGAAUGGUCAACUAAAGGAAUAUCCAAAGGUGCAAAUAAUAGCGGUGGUAGUAGCGGCGGAGGUGGUGGAAGACCAAGUUUAAAACCUUUGGUCCUAUUCUUAUUGUCAGCAGUUGGAUUACCUUAUUUGAUGUCAAGAUUAGUCAAACUUUUGAUUGCCUCUCAACAGCAACAGCAACAGCAGCAGCUACAGCAAAACAAUUUCAUGAAUGCGGAUGGAACAAUUGACCCUACAAAAUUAGAAUUCGCAAGAGCUAAAUGGGAAUUCAAACCUUCAGAAGAGUGGGAAUUGGCUUUAGGAAGAGAUGAGAUCGUUGCUGUCUUAGAGAAACGAUCAGGUCAAAAUCAGAAUCAAAAUCAAAAUCGAGCUCAAACGAACGAAUCGGAUGGUUGGUGGAGAGGUCGAACCAGAGAUGGUAGAACAGGUUGGUUCCCUGGUAAUUACGUCGAAGUCAUUCGCAAAAGAGAGGUACCUCCUGCCAGUUCAACAAACACGGGCUGA